AAAAUGAGUGCUGGAAAGUCUCCGGAAGAACUGAAGAGCAUCUUCACAAAAUAUGCAGCCAAAGAAGGUGACCCAGACCAGCUGUCAAAGGCCGAGCUGAAGCUAUUGAUUCAGGCUGAAUUCCCCAAUCUCCUCAAGGGUCCCAGCAGCCUAGACGACCUCUUUAAAGAACUGGACAAGAAUGGAGAUGGAGAAGUCAGUUUUGAAGAAUUCCAAGUGCUAGUAAAAAAGAUAUCCCAGUGAUGGAGCGAAUAAAACAGCGUCCUGAGCCCGG